AUGGGAACCGUGCUGUCUUUGUCACCUAGCUACCGAAAGGCGGCUCUCUUUGAGGAUGGACCGGCCACUGUGGGCCACUACACAGCUGUCCAGAACAGCAAGAAUGCCAAAGACAAGAACCUGAAGCGCCACUCGCUCAUCAACGUGCUCCCGUGGAAGCGGAUUGUAGCAGUGUCGGCCAAGAAGAAAGGCUCCAAGAAGGUGCAGCCCAACGGCAACUACCAGAACAAUGUCACCCACCUGAACAACGAAAACCUGAAGAAGUCGCAGUCAUGCGCCAACCUGUCCACCUUCACCCAGGACCAGAGCACUCCAGCUCUCACCAAGAGCUCCAACAACACAGCAUCGUCUGUCAAGAAGGCUCCUCUGGCCAACUCCAACGUGGCCCCCGGGACCCCUAAGAGAGUGAUCGUCCAGGCCUCCACCAGCGAGCUGCUGCGCUGCCUCGGGGAGUUUCUGUGCCGGCGUUGUUAUCGGCUCAAACACCUGUCACCCACUGACCCGGUGCUGUGGCUGCGCAGCGUGGACCGCUCCCUGCUGCUCCAAGGCUGGCAGGACCAGGGAUUCAUCACCCCCGCGAACGUGGUCUUUGUCUACAUGCUGUGCCGUGACGUGGUCUCCUCUGAGGUGGCCACGGAGCACGAGCUGCAGGCCGUGCUGCUCACCUGCCUCUACCUGUCUUACUCCUACAUGGGCAACGAGAUAUCCUACCCUCUCAAGCCCUUCUUGGUGGAGAGCUCCAAGGAGACCUUCUGGGACCGCUGCCUGUCCAUCAUCAACCUGAUGAGCGCAAAGAUGCUCCAGAUCAACUCCGACCCGCAUUACUUCACUCAGGUGUUCGCCGACCUGAAGAACGAGAGCCAGAAGGAGGAGGAGAGGAGCCGCCUGCUCAUCGGCCUGGACCGGUGA